GGCUAUUUAACCCCCAAACCAUCUGGUCAACGCGUUCCCGUAUCCAAUUAAUUACGCGAAAAAGUCAUACUCGGCCCAUCCGUCCUAUCCACCAUCAUCCAAAGAGUCUUGUGCAUGGUGCGGGUGCAGCCAUUCCUCUUCCUCCUUCUCGAAACUCGAUACUCGAUCGGCCCUCUCGAACGAGCCACAUUUGACGGGCUUCAUCACCGUCCACAUUAUUGUGAUAUUCACAAUACCCUCAGGCAUCACCGGUCGAUGCCUGAGCCAUCUCCUCCUUCCGUCCUUGUCCAUCCCACGAUUCCGCGCAGAUUUCCGCCCGCAGAAAACCUUUGCGUCAGAAAUAAACAUUGACGUCGCAAAGAACCUAUCCAACAUAUAUCGCGUGCAAGUACCUUCCAGGUGGUAACUCCGAUCGAAUCCGUUUGUUUCCGUCGUUAGAAGCACAUUGCGGCCAGGACGAGCCCGUGAGCUCGCAGAAACUACAAUGCCACCCUCAAAGCGUAUACCACGUCGCAGGCCUGCCGAUGCCCUAGAGUCCUCCGAGCUUGACCUUCCAGAUUCUUCACCUUCCCGUCCAUCAGCAAAGAAGCGCAGGGUAAACGGUCCCCGCGCUGCAGCGCGAAGAAAGUCUGUGUCCGCCGAACCCGAACACUCGCCUGUUGAAGAUUCCGGCGACGAAACCGAAGAAGUCUCGCAGGGCGAUCUCAUCGACUCGGUCGUCUCUUACCUGCAAGUCUCCAAAGAUCCGAUCGUCGCGGCAUCCGAAUAUUCCAACGACAAAGUACAAAACAAUAGUCCUCAAAAGGUGUCUGCAUAUGCAAAGAUUGCUGGACGAGACUGGACUUAUUUCGUGCGGGAACAGUCUGUCAACUUCGGAAGACCACCAGAUGAGCGCCCGACCACCAACGGUGCCUCGAGUCCCAUUGCCGAUCUUAAAGAUGUGCUGCCUGUCCAUAUCGACCUGGGCCCCAGCAAGAUCGUCUCGCGUCACCAUGCCUCCAUCUACUACGAUGCUGAUUUUCCCGUCGAUGAAGGGGGCUGGCACUUGCGGGUCAACGCCAGAAACGGCGUUCGAGUCAAUAAUACCCUGGUAAAGAAAGGAUUGCGGUCCCAGAUCAAGUCAGGCAACAUACUGGAAAUUGCUGGCACGCAGAUGAUGUUCGUAACACCAGGCGAUAGAGUGCAGAUUGACCAGUACUUCAUCGACCGCGCCAAAGCUUUGGCAGCCGGUGAAGAAGUCGCUCCUCCUCAGGCUCAUACCGAGCCAAUGAAGCAAGAAGUACCAUUUGCAUCAAAUCAGACAUUUCCGUCGCUCGCCCCAGCUCCGCCUGACUUCAAACGGGACAUGACGCCGCCUUCUCAAUCAGACGGUGGGAAGAAUCAGCGAGGCGUCUUUGACAGCAGAACGCCCAUGUCUCCCAUGUACGGUCGUGGAAUGUUGAUGGAAAGCACCCAGGAGAUCGAUUACAGUCGGGACAGUGCAAAAGACCUCAAACCACCAUUCAGCUAUGCCACCAUGAUUGCUCAAGCCAUCUUCUCGAGCGACGAGGAGAAGUUAACGUUGAGCAAUAUUUAUUCCUUUAUUGCCGAGAAAUACGCCUUCUACCGCCACUCUAAUAGUGGUUGGCAGAACUCGAUACGGCAUAAUUUGUCCUUGAACAAGGCUUUUCAAAAGGUUCCCAGGCGUACUGACGAGCCCGGCAAAGGCAUGAAGUGGCAGAUCGCACCCGAGUUUCGUCAAGAAUAUUGGAAGAAGCAAGCACGCCGCGGAGCUGGCUCUGCACCUUCCUCUCCUGCGUCCGGAAAAGACGUCAAUCCCAACUUCAGAGGUCCCAAUGGCCAAAAUCUAGGUUACGACACCAGCAUGGUCAGCCAAUUCUCGGCGAGGGAAAUGAGUGAACGCUCCGGCCUUCCACCACCUGGAAAGUUGACUGUUCAAUUUCCCGUCUUCAACCCAGGACAUCCGCAACAGUUUCCUCCAGCUCCGAGUUUAGCUCCCCCAAUGUCGCAGCGGGAAGCUAUCACGCCGCAAAGACGGAGGACAGACACGCAGAAUACCCUUCCAGACUUGGAAAUGGAAGACUCGCCGCUCCCACAUGGUCAGGGCCGGCCUACCCCUCGCCUAGGUAAUGGGCUACCUGCAUAUACUCUGCCAUCUUCUCUACCGCCUCCGCAUCACUCACCAGUCAACCCAACACUAUCAUCUUCGUAUCUCGACACUCCUUUCCAUCCGUCACAGCACAGCAUUGUCACUCCCGCACCACUGCGACAAAAUCCCAGACUUGCUCCACCCAGCACUCUGGUGGCUCCCAGCAAAUUCAUGCCGGAAUCAUCACCUGCAGGUCCAGGCUUGUUCUGGAAAGGGCUUAUGGCUGUGACUCCCGGUCAGCCCCUUCCUGACAUCUCCCCUGUCAAGGAUGAUGAUCCUAGGGCGAAUGGUAUUGAUCGACAUGUGAUGAGUUCAAGUCCACCACCUAUGGACGAAGGUAUGGGUAGUCCGAGUAAGCCUGCUAGAGGCAGUCAGGCACCGCAAACAUCAAGUUCGAGCGCAAAAAAAGAAACCACUCCUGGUAACAAUCAGCAUGAGAACGGGACGACCAUUGAUAAUGGCACCAAUACUGGUCGCAUUCCAGCCAACAGCAAUAAUGCAGGCGCAGCACCAAUCAGGUUCAAUUCGCAACCUGCUGCGAACACCAACGACGAUGAUGACGACGAGGCAGAUGGUGGUUUUGAUCUCGCCAAAGGCUUUGCACCUAUUGCUGGAGGAGGCUUUGCUUCGCAGAGGAGUAGCGGUGUGGGCACUGCUAGAGUUGGGCCUUGAGAUACAGCUAUAUAUCACGCUACAUGUGAGAUGUGCUUACUGGGGUCAUUCACAUCCCUUCCUUGCUACCAACAACAUCAUUGUACGAGUAUGGGGAGGUGGGCUGCAUAUUAUGAACCAUGAUCGCUUCGGCGGCGUUAAGGGCAUAAAAGGGCGGGCUGGUAUAUGUACACAAGGGAUCUGAUCGGCGGCAUUGCAUGGCAAACUGGUUGAGAUGUUUUGACGAAUUACUUCUGACGUGGAGUAUCAUGAGGUUCAUUGUGGCAGCUUGAAUUGUAUCAGUAUCUUUGGGCAUCGGCAGGCCAGGAUGACAGCGAUAGAUCCGCAUUCGGAUACCCGCUCAUACUGUACUACUUCAAUUUCAAACAGCUCUGCCUCCAAAUUCCACUUCUUUUCAGU